UAGUCAUAAACUUCAAUUUAUUUAUUUUUCGCCGGAUUUGCGAUGACGACAAUUCACGAUCGUCGCAGGAAACAAACUUCGCCGAUGCCUCUGCAUUUGAAAUUGAAGGGUCAGAGUACCCUGAAGAUGUUCGACGAAAUGCCUAAGUGGCCAUUGAGAGGACUGUAUGGUGAUGGAUCACAUCUUUUUAGCUACUAUGGUUUCUAGAAUACCCAAAAGUUGUGAUUUUUUGGGGAUUCUGAUGCAGGAAAGAAGAAGUCACAGGGGCGAAGAAAGAUCGAAAUGAAGUUGAUAGAGGAUGAAAAUGCCAGAACUGUGACGUUCUCCAAAAGAAGAGCCGGGCUGUUCAAGAAAGCCACAGAGCUUUCUAUUCUAUGUGGGACUCAGAUCGCCCUCAUAAUUUUCUCUCUUGGUGGUAGGGCCUAUUCGUUCGGCCACCCUGAUGUGGAGUCCAUCAUUGGUCGUUUCUUUAACACAAAUCCAACAGGAACAGCGCCUGAAUCUUCUAGCUCCUCAAGGUAUCGCGCUGCCAUGCUGCAGGAGAUCAAGGAGCAGUUUGAUGGAAAGAGCAAAGAACUGGAGACGAAGAAGAAGAGAGGGAAAGAGAUCGAAGCAGCCUUGGAAAGCUCGUCAUUUCAUACCUCGGAUGAGGAGUUGGAUGGGCUUGAUUUUGAACAACUGCGUCAACUGAGAGAGAAGUUGGUGAAGAUGAGAGACACGAUGCGUCGUCUUGCCAAUGCCUAUGCCGUAGCCGAUGCUCCACCAAAGCUGCCGGUGCCAGUGCCAGUGCCAGUGCCAAUGCCGGUGCUCAAUCUAGCAGAAGUUGUGAAAAGUCGAGGUGCUUCUAUGAUUCCAGCUGAUUGGCUGAAACUCUGAUUUUUUAUCGUUGGCUGUUGGUUAGUAGUAUGAAAUUGAACUAUUAAAGGUUGAUUUGUGAGGGUUACUUUGUGGUUUUUCAUUAUUGCAUAAUCCCCUGUUUUAUGAUUUCA